AUGAAAAGGGAAAAUAAAUGUGAAAGCAAAAGUAGGAGCAGAAGUCGUAGCAAGUCUAGCAAAAGGAAAACCUAAAAUAGCCAACUCUAAAAUUGUAUUGAAAAGAAACAUAAAAAACAAGGAAAUGAUUACUAAAUUGCCAAUAGAGAAUCCAUUUCACAUCAUUCUAGUCCAAUUAGAUCACAAGAAGAACUCCAAAAGAGCGAUGAACUUAAUAAGUAAAUAUUGUGUUAAUGCAGAAAAAGCAAAGAGGAAUGUAAGAUUUUAGAUUAGUUUUAAUGUAUCAAUCUAGUCGCUAAUAAUUAAUCUUAAAUGCAAUUGGAAUAGCAGGAUCAAGAUGAAAGGUGUUGUAUAUCAAUGUCUCAACCUCAAUAAGAAACAGGGAUAAACUCAAAAGAAACUUUUAACAAACAGCCUUCUGAAAUGAUCACUAUAAAUGACAGCAGUUACGAAGAGGAUCAAAAUGCUUAGAAGAAUGAAAAUAAAGGUAGUUCACAACUUGAGAAUCGAUUGUUUGGCGAUUUAAGGGAAACACGAUGGAGAGAUGGUAUAUGGAAGCGAGAACAAAAAAUAUAAAGUCAACCAAUAAAACAAUCAUCAUAGGUUAUAAAAUAACCAAAAUAAUCCCUUGAAUGCAUUGAUUUAACCAAUGAUGAUAAUAUCUUAUCGUUCUUUGGACUUAAUCAUCACAUGCUAUUAAGUUCUUAGGAAUAUGAUAAAAAGGAAUUAUUCGAAUUAGCUGAACCAUACGAAUACUAAUGUGGAAAUUUUAUGCUUAGCCUGGGAAUCCAAAAUCAUUAUACUGCAAUUGUGACUCUGCCGAACUUAUCUUAAAAAAAACCUGUUUAUUAUUUAUUUAUGAUGUUCUAAUUUGAUCCAAAAAAAAACAUUUAUUGCUUGGUCCCAGAAGAUGACUAAACAACAUUACUGGUUAGUUCUAAUAUUUCAUCGCUUUACUAUUACUGUAACUCUAAUGUUCAAUAGAAAAAAAACAAUAAAACUAUCUAAAUAGAAAGAACUCUGAUUUACAAAUUUCCUUAUAUAUAUCCCUCUUUAAUUAGAAAAUAUGUUAUCUCUUACUAAAAAACUGAUUCAUAGAUUCUGUACCCAAUAAAUUACAAUUCAAAUGCUACCUAACAAGCAAUUGAAGAUUAUUAUUGGGAUGAUCCAGGACAUUUAAUUACAGGUACCAGUCAUCCUUUUUUGAAAAUUUUAUUCUUAAAAUCCAAAAAUAAUUAGAUUCCUUCAUUUUACUUUGAAUUCAUUAGCAAUCCACUCUAUGAGGGAUAGUAUAGUUUAAAUGUUUGUCUUAAAUAAAAUGGGAAUCAGAUUGUUGUAGAUAGAAGGUUAAGUACUUUCUUAAAAUUAGAUUCUUAAGUCCCUUUUCUUAUGGUGUUCAUCCUGUUAAAAUUGAAAUCAAUAGGAUAACAAAUCAAAUUGUUAUGAAACAAACAGGAAGAGAGGAGCAUAUAAUCACAUCAAAAAACGUAAAAUGCUUUUGGGAAUAAGUUCUACCAAGAUACGUUUAAUUAUACCAUCCGUAUUAUCAUAUGUUAAGUUUAGCAAAAAGUUGUACUAUUACUUUGUUGAUCUCAUCAAUCAGGAUAGAAAGAUUUCAGAAAAAUACAAGAAAUGGAAUUAACUCUAUUAAUACAUGAGCAAAUCUAAUUAAUAAAAAUCUAAUAAGUCAAUUGAUGAGACUGUUAUCCUGAAUGAUAAGCAAUUUUUUAGUUAUUCAAUCGAAGAAAAAAAAAAUGGAAACAAAAUUAAUUAUUAAUGA